AAAUAAAAAUAGUUUAAAACUAGUGAAAAACUAAAAUAUAAAAUCAGAGUUUUUAAAGAAAAAUCACUAAAAAAAAAAAAAAAGGAUCCGAGAGAUGAGAUCAUUGCUUAAUAAUAACCAAAUAAAAAUUAUGAGCCACAUUCAUGGCAUUUGGACGAAGGACGAGGUUACUUUAGGAACAAAUGCAAAAUUUGAAAUUUCCGUUUGCCGCCCAAAAGUAAUCAUCUUUGAUUCCCCCACCGAAACCAAAACCAUCUCCCGCCCAUUCGUACUUAUAAACCCGUCGAACUCCGCCGUUUCGUUCCCGUUCCCGUUCCGAGCCUCUUCACCCUCUGACCCUUCCAAGGAUCUCGAGGAGCCGGGGAGGAAUCAGAGGAGAGAGAUGGCGGGGAAAGGAGGGAAGGGGCUUUUGGCGGCGAAGACGACGGCGGCCAAUAAGGACAAGGACAAGAAAAAGCCGGUGUCCCGCUCGUCCAGAUCUGGACUGCAGUUUCCUGUCGGUCGAAUCCACCGCCUGCUGAAAUCCAGAAUCUCUGCAAAUGGACGUGUUGGGGCAACAGCGGCAGUGUAUUCUGCUGCAAUACUGGAGUACCUAACGGCAGAGGUGUUGGAACUUGCCGGGAACGCAAGCAAGGAUCUCAAGGUGAAGCGUAUCACACCACGCCACCUUCAGCUGGCCAUUCGUGGAGAUGAGGAACUUGACACCCUUAUCAAAGGCACCAUUGCCGGUGGUGGUGUCAUCCCUCACAUCCACAAGUCCCUCAUUAACAAGUCCACCAAGGAAUGAAAAUUCAACUUUUGUUGAAUACCACAGGUGUUGUAGUUUGUGUGACUUUCUUUCUUCGCUAGUGAACCUGUAGGUAGUUUAACGUGAAUAUUGAACCUUCGUCGAAGCUUUUCUGGCUGUAGCAAUGUGAGAUUGGGAUUUGGCUAUUGUCAUACGACUUAACAUCAUUUUCUGUUCUUAUUAUAAAUCACUUUAAACCC